AUGUCUAACAAAAAGCUAACUGUCCUAUUGGCGCCGGCACAGUUUGUGGGGCCCAUGAUGUCCAGUAUAGGUAUGGCCGAAGUGUUGCGAGACGUGGGCGGACACGAGUGUGUGUUUGCCGUCACUAACGAUUGGAAAGCACGGCUCGAGUCCAUGGGAUUUGAGGUGAGACUUAUCGGGGAACCGGUGGACAGGGAUGUGGUUGUCAUGGAUUCAGCCAAUAGUAACGUAAAGGACGUUCAGGAAACGGGAAUUAUCGAUGACAUCACACCGUUUGAAAAGGCUAUCAGGUGUAACGAUUUCUUUAUGCAAUUAUUACCCAAAGAGAUCCGAGAAACUGAUCCAUACCUCAGGAGUAUUAUAGCGGACCUAAAACCGGAUGUCAUAAUUAGCGACCAUUUGAUAACACUUCCCUCUAUAGUCACAUCAGGCAUACCCUGGAUAUUCAGUUGGAGUAAUAAUCCUCAUUCACUGGAUUAUGGCUAUGAGGACAAACGCCUCCCGCCCUCAAUGUUGGGAUUGCCGACAAAUAGUGAGACAGAAGUGAAGGAGAAAUACAGACAACAACUCAAUGAAGAAAAGGGAGACAAAUGGUACACAUAUAGAGAUCAGUUCAUUGCUAAUGGAUGUCCGGAACUCAAGGAUUUCCUUAUGUGGACCCCAUCGCCCUUUGCAAACAUAUAUAUGAUACCCAAAGAACUGGAUUAUACGGACAUCAGACCACUUCCUGAUAAUUUCUAUGGAUUUGAUUGUUUCAAACGCAGUGGAAAUGAAGAUAACUUUGAAGUCCCAGAAAAUCUUAAGAAUAGGUCCGGAAAACUGAUUUAUCUAUCGUUAGGAUCAAUGGGUUCUGGAAAUGUAGAGCUCAUGAAGAGAUUGGUUGCGAUUUUGUCCAAAUCUAAGCACCGGUUCAUUGUCUCCAAAGGUGUCAAUCAUAAUGAAUACGAAUUGGCGGACAAUAUGUGGGGCGAGAGUGCUCCGAACAACAUGUCUAACAAAAAGCUAACUGUCCUAUUGGCGCCGGCACAGUUUGUGGGUCCCAUGAUGUCCAGUAUAGGUAUGGCCCAAGUGUUGCGAGACGUGGGCGGACACGAGUGUGUGUUUGCCGUCACUAACGAUUGGAAAGCACGGCUCGAGUCCAUGGGAUUUGAGGUGAGACUUAUCGGGGAACCGGUGGACAGGGAUGUGGUGGUCAUGGAUUCGGCCGAUAGUAACGUAAAGGCCGUUCAGGAAAUGGGAAUUAUCGAUGACAUCACACCGUUUGAAAAGGCUAUCAGUUGUAACGAUUUCUAUAUGAAAGUGUUACCCAAAGAGAUCCGAGAAACUGAUCCAUACAUCAGGAGUAUUAUAGCGGACGUAAAGCCGGAUGUCAUAAUUAGCGACCAUUUCCUAACACUUCCCUCAAUAGUGACAUCAGGCAUACCCUGGAUAUUCAGUUGGAGUAAUAGUCCUCAUUCACUGGAUUAUGGUUAUGAGGAUAAACGCCUCCCGCCAUCAUUUUUAGGAUUGCCGACAAAUACUGAGACAGAAGUGAAGGAGAAAUACAGACAACAACUCAAUGAAGGAAAGGGAGAUAAAUGGUACACAUAUAGGGAUCAACUCAUUGCUAGUGGAUGUCCAGAACUCAAGGAUUUCCUUAUAUGGACCCCAUCUCCCUUUGCCAACCUAUAUAUGACUCCUAAGGAACUGGAUUACACGGACAUCAGACCACUUCCCUAUAAUUUCUAUGGAUUUGAUUGUUUCAAACGCAGUGGUAAUGAAGACACGUUUGAAAUCCCAGAGAGUCUUAAGAAUAGGUCCGGAAAACUGAUUUAUUUUUCAUUGGGUUCUAUGGGUUCCGGAAAUGUAGAGCUCAUGAAGAGAUUGGUUGCGAUUUUGUCCAAAUCUAAGCACCGGUUCAUUGUCUCCAAAGGUGUCAAACAUAAUGAAUACGAAUUGGCGGACAAUAUGUGGGGCGAGAGGUCUGUCCCACAGGUAAAAGUGUUGCCAAUUGUAGACCUAAUGAUAACACACGGCGGCAACAAUUCUGUGACGGAAACCAUGUAUUUCGGGAAACCUAUGAUAGUCUUACCAAUAUUUCUCGAUCAAUACGAUAACGCACAGAGAAUUCAUGAGAAAGGGUUUGGGAUUAGACUCAAUCCCUACGAGUGCUCUGAAAAUGAAUUAUUGGAUUCAAUCGAAAGGCUAUUAAACGACAAAAUAUUGGCCCAAAAGUUGGCAAAAGUAUCGCAAAGAAUUCAAAGCGAAAAGAAUAUCGAAAAACUCGUCAAAAUAGUCGAGGAUUUAGUUAAUAAAUGUUAA